CAGCUCACACCUCCAUCGUCCUCAUCUGUUGACGAGUUUCUUAAAGGAUCUCGUUUGUGAAACGAUUGUUCAACGUGUGUGUGGCCCAACUCAACCUUGUCACUGAGAUGGCAUCUGGUAUUAUUCACGCAUAUUCAAUCCAGCGGAAGGACAAAAACUUUCAGCGUAGCUCGUCGUACUGGAUGUGAGAAGGCGAAGUAGAAUUGAUCCCCACGAUCACCCAAGGAACUGCAACGCUAAAAGUGCUUUCCUCUUAUUUUCAAUAGUUUUAUACUCCAACUCUGGAAUUUCUGUACAGUGCACAAUUACAAUAUUUCUUUACUUGCUCUAUUUAUCUUUUGAUUUUUAUUACCUUAUGAGUCCACUCCGACUGUGCAUAACUUUUGUGCUGUAAACUCGUUCCCGGCCUCAAAUUCUCAGGCGGUAAAUCAUUUAAGUCCCACACUUGGUCCAACGCAAGCUAGCAUGUGAAACCUAGUCUGCAGGAAAUAUUUAAACGCAUAGCCGCACAGGCAGACAGUCUCGUCACAAAACCAGUAUGGCCCUUGCAUGAGAUGACGACCUUCUGCUCAAUUCUGCAAAGACUCAGGAAUAUUUUGCUAGAAUAUCGGUGCACUGCAGAACGAGAGUGUGUCAUGGUGACUUCAGGGUUGCGUCAGACAGCUGAGAGUGAACACAUGUUUGUCCAGCGCUCUGUUUCAGAGUAGCAGCAGGUUUGCAUAUAAGUGGGUGUUGUUUCCCUCAAGAUGCAAGCACUGCAUCCCGCACUAACGAAGGAGUGGAUCUCUUUAACGCUUCUCGUGCAGAGGUGAGUACAGAAGGAUCGGAAAUGAUGGCUCAUCAACAACAAUGGAUGCUAUCCAUGUUCUUCGCAUCCUCGAUCUUUCUCAUAUUCCUGUUGCAGCUGACGGCAGCUGAGCAAUGUGGGAGACAGGCUGGGGGUGCCACCUGCCCCGGCGGCUUGUGUUGUAGUCAGUUUGGUUGGUGUGGCUCGAAUGCGGAAUACUGCGGAGACGGUUGCCAAAGCCAGUGUGGUGGCUCUCCACCUUCCGGUGGAAAAACUGGUUUAGCAUCUUUCUACGGGCCCGUAUACCUUCCCUCGGCCUGUUACGGUAACGACCCAAACCAGUUCCCUGCCAAUAGGUUCUUCGCGGCAGGAGGCGACAGCAGCAACGCGAACAUCUGGGACAACAGAAAUGGCUGCGGCAAGUUCUACAGAAUCACGUGCCAGGGAAAUGGAUGCUGGGGAUCAGGCUCCAUCACAGUCAAAAUUGUGGAUCGUUGCCCGUUCGGCUGCAGCGGGGGGCGGGCAUUCGACCUUUCAGCUGAAGCGUUCCGUGCCAUCGCCAACCCAGACGUGGGCGUCAUUACUUUAUCCUACUCUCAAGUUUCGGGACUUCACGGCGAGGAUGCAGUGCCAUGGGCAGAAGAGGAGCUCAUUGCUGAAGUUGGACACAUCGGCGAGUAAAACAUGGUCACUUAAACGGAAUUUAGUUGCAGCGGACAGGAAAACUAUGUGUAUGAAUAAGUAUCAGUCCUGGAAGUAUCGUCUUUCUUGCAAUCUCAGUUGGAUGGAGGGCAUCGGGAUACCCUCUUAGCACCUUGGCUAUGUGAUCUCGAUCGAGCAUCAUAGAUCGGCAAGAGAGCCUCCGACAUACUCUAAUCACAACGCUAGUGCCUCGUCUCAAUGCCCGUUAGCGGCGCGACCUUUUCAGCCCUUUGGGAUCCGUUUUGUGAGACUCUCGUGAACACUGUUGCCAAAGCUUGAAAAGGAAUUUUGAGUUACUGGAU